GCUUUCCUCUGGGUCACAGCGCAGGCGCAUAGGAUGCGUGGCGCCGCGCGAGGUGUAGUGUAUCGCCUCCGGCAUCUCCUCGCGGCUCUGCGGAGCUGCGCAGGGUCUCCGCGGCGUGGGCGUCAUGUCAGACAACGAAGACAAUUUUGAUGGUGACGACUUUGAUGAUGUGGAGGAGGAUGAAGGACUAGGUGACUUGGAGAAUGCCGAGGAGGAGGGCCAGGAGAAUGUUGAGAUCCUCCCCUCUGGAGAGCGACCGCAGGCCAACCAGAAGCGAAUCACCACACCAUACAUGACCAAAUAUGAGCGAGCCCGUGUGCUGGGCACCAGAGCUCUCCAGAUUGCGAUGUGUGCCCCCGUGAUGGUGGAGUUGGAGGGGGAGACAGAUCCCUUGCUCAUCGCCAUGAAAGAGCUCAAAGUGCAUUCCCAAGAGGAUGCUCCUAAGACUUCUCUUUCUUGCAUUCUGCACACAAUCUGUCCCUUUAGCAGUGGAGCUGGAGUCACCAGCCUUCAUGUACUUGUGACUUCUCCCCUGCCACAGGGCCCGAAAGAUCCCCAUCAUCAUUCGCCGCUACCUGCCAGAUGGGAGCUAUGAAGACUGGGGGGUGGACGAGCUCAUCAUCACUGACUGAGCUGCAGUCAUCUUCCUGACUGGGCCUCAUCCCCAGGGUCUAUUCUCAUAUUCUUUAUACAUGUAAAUAAUAAACUGUUAAGCCUUC